UUAAUGCUAGAAUUGUGUUAAUUUUGGUGGUUGACAGAUGUCAAAUGGUGAAAUGUUUCAAAAGAACCAUGAUGAGCUGGAUUUUGAGUUCUUGGGGAACAUAAGGGGUAAAGACUGGAGGAUGCAGACCAAUAUUUAUGGAAAUGGUAGCACAAACGCUGGCAGAGAAGAAAGAUAUGGGCUUUGGUUUGAUCCUUCGGAAGAUUUCCAUCAGUACAGUAUCCUCUGGACUGAGAGUCAGAUUAUCUUUUAUGUUGAUAAUGUCCCCAUAAGAGAGUUCAAAAGGACAGCAACAAUGGGUGGGGACUUCCCUUCGAAGCCUAUGUCAUUGUAUGCAACAAUAUGGGAUGGUUCUGAUUGGGCUACAAAUGGAGGAAAAUUCAGAAUCAAUUACAAAUAUGCCCCAUACAUUGCAAAAUUCUCCGACCUCGUGCUCCAUGGCUGUGCAGUUGAUCCUACUGAGCAGGCAACAAAGUGUGACAUUGCUCCAAAACAUGAUUCAAUCCCUACUGGUAUCACACCUGAACAAAGAAUUAGAAUGCAGAACUUCAGGAAGAAGCAUAUGCAAUACUCAUACUGCUACGACCGUGCUCGAUACACGGUCCCUCCAGCUGAAUGUGUCCUAGAUGCUAUGGAAGCUGAAGGCCUCCGUGCAUUCGACCCUGUUACUUUCGGAGGAGCUCACCGUCACCGGGGCAAGCGACACCACCGGAGCAGAUCAUCAUCAAGUCAGGGAGAGGCAUCCUCUACAUAAGAAUUAAUGCCUUGUGGAUGUUGUUAUAUCCUAUAUUUGUACUGUCACACCUUCCUUUCUGAGUCUUGAUUAAUGUUCUUUCCCUGUGCAUACCACCCCCAAAAACCAAAAAAAAAAAAAGAAAAAAAAGAUGAGAAGAUAAAAAGAGAAGUCCACAGAUUGUUUUACAGAGGGUGAUAAGAUUUUUAUACUAGCCAUUGAUCAUCAAGGGGGUAUGUAUAUAUUUCAUACCUUGAGGUUCCCAGCCAUGACCUUGUUGAUGUAUUAUUGUCUUCAGCUAUGUAUUAUAAUUCCCAUUGUCAUAUAUGUUCCAAUAAACAUAUUUAAUAGAUGGAGUUAUUAUUGUAUAGAAACUUGUGGUGGGGUUAAUGCC